GGCAGUAGCGCCGCAGCCACGGCCGAGGCACGUCGCAGCGAGCAGCCCGUGGCAGCAGCCGGCACCUCGCUUCACCGGGACUCCGCAGGACCCUGAGCAGAGAUGAAGGACCUCAGCAAGAAGUCGAGGCAGCCGUUCCUGCACGGGCUGCCGCAGGUGGACCUGCCCAAGAGCCGACAGGACAACAUGGAGCAUGUGCGGAGCUGGCUGGAUUUCCAGCCUCACCUACCAGAACUGACAGAUGAACACCUCCACCUGUACCUACACGCCUGCUAUGACAACCUGGAGAAGACGAAGCAGAUGAUCGAGUCCUGUUACACCUUCAGGACCCUCACUCCAGAGCUUUUCAGCAACAGGGAUCUUCUAGAACAAGGCUUGCAGGGUAUUCUGGACAUAUGCGAGCUGGUGCUACUGCCGCAGCCCAGCCCCGAGGGCUACGACGUAGUCCUGUUCCGGUUCACCAGCUACGAAUCCUCCAGGUUCGUGUUCCUGGACGGGCUGAGGGCGCUGUUCGUCGCCAUCGACUUCUACCUGUCCGAGUACCGCCUGGGCAAGGGCCUGGUCAUCGUGUUCGACAUCAAGGGCCUGAGCUUCGCCCACCUGGCCAAGGCCUACCCCAUCAGCAUGAUCAAGAAGGCCUUCUUCUACGUCCAGGAAUGCAUGCCUCUCAGACUGAAGGGUAUCCACAUCGUCAACACUGGAACGAUAAUAGAGAGGCUGAUGGCUUUGAUCAAACCUUUCAUCAACAACGAACUGGGAGAAAUGAUUCACAUCCACGCAACAGUGGACUCUCUCACUGAGCAGCUGCCCGUGGACGUUCUGCCUGAGGAGUACGGCGGGAAAGCUGGUUCCACGACAGAUAUCUACAACGAGCUGAAGAACACGCUGUUGACGCAGUACGUUGAUUGGUUCAUCGAGGAGGAGGGGCUGAGGACAGACGAGUCAAAGAGAGUGGGCAAGUCUGCCGUGAAGGACACCCUGUUCGGGGUGGAAGGAUCUUUCAGGAAGCUGGAUAUAGACUAAGUGCACUCACUCUACAUGAACGGAAAGUGUUUGAGGCCAAGCCUAUCACCAGGUUUAUAAACAACGGAAACGUAUAAACGCAAGAAACAAAAACAAAAAUUCUAAAACAACUCUUUAUUAUACAAGUUUAUAAAUUACACCAAGACGAAAAAAGUAGCAACGGAAUCAUCGGCUGAAUUUAAACUUCUUGCAUUCCAGGAUUGCGUUUUCGCCUCUCAUAUUUGAAUGGAGGUAUCCUGGAAACAUUUAAAGACGCAAACGUUACAUAAAUAGAAGGCCACAAUUUUGUUUUGCUACAUAUGUCACUCUUUCACUUGUUAAACUUUCGAACGGUGGAAGAAUAUAAAACUUUAAAAUAAAGUUUUGGCGAUUUUAUAUGUUUUAUGUUAAACAAUAACUAUUAAAAAAUGCCCGAGUAAUAUAUUUGUUUAGUUACAAUUUUACAAUUUCAAGGUAUAGCUGUUGGUAAAGUAGUCUUGCGACUUUCCUGCUUUAUAGAAGACCGUGAUUUUGCUGUGUUGGUUGCGUGUUAAGUUGUUUAUAAACCCAGCCUAAAAAAAUUAUGCGUUCGAAACGUAUUGUGAGUGUGCACUGCUGGGCGGGAUAAAAUUCUACAGUUUACACUCCAUUUAGGAAGAAUGUGCCGCUGGCCGGUUUAGUUAGCUCGCAUCCUUUUCAAAAUACUUUUGGCCUUACUGUAAAGUUUCAGUGCGUGACUAUCUAUAUUUUCUUCACAUUUUAGCAAUUAAGUGAAUAAUCGGUUAAUGGUUAGAAUCACUUGUAGCUUGAGGUUCUGGUCUUCAUCGCGUUUUAUAAAUUACACUGAAGUCAAUUAUUGUGCUCGAUAAAUUAUCUUGCAUUCCAUCUUCAUGUAAGCAUACUGCCAAUGCCGCGUUAUUGUUUGUACAAAUUAUUUUACUUAGAAUUUAAAUACUAAAUGUAUUUAUUGUUUAUAAUAUAAAAUCUUCAUUUACAAAAUAAAAUAAAAAAAUCUCCUCUUGUAUUUAAUAAUGUCUCUUUGAUGUGAGAAAAUGUAUUUUUAUUGUUCUACACUUAUGUUUCGACAGAAAUUUUUUAGUUUGUUUGUUAAUUAUAUUCUGGUUCAUUCACUCUUUUCCUAACACUAUUUACCAUUAUAACCGUUACAACAACCUUUUAUAUGUUUAUUUUCUAUACAAACAUGUGCAAUUUUUAUUUUAUUUUUGGUACAGUAAUCUAUUUUCAUACCAAUUCCAAUGUGUCGCACUUUUCAUCUGCAAAUAAAUUAACACAAAACUUAUUUAGUAUCAGAAAAAUAAAUAUAUACCAUCAUCAAUUCAGAUUUUGAAAACAUAUUAAAAUAAAAUAAUCAUACAAGGUUUGAACAUAAUCUACUGUACAAUAAAAUAAUUUUAAAAAGGAUUAAGAUUUUAAAGUUGUUCAUAAAGUUUUUGGUAUCUGAUUUUAAAAUUAAAUUUUUAUAGCUUAUAAAAUUAUUUUCCCACCUAAACUCUCGUUUUCAAUCUUUAAUAAACAAUCAUAAACUUGUAAACAGAGUAUUAUUGUGUACACAUAUGAUUUUGUACUGUAAUGCAUGCAGAAGAUCUCUAAUAUGUAUCUUUUUUUCAAACAGUCUGUUAAAAUAUCCAGAAAAAUAAAUCUGUUUUGUACUCAAAUAUUAUUUUGAAUAUUUUUGUGGAGCUAUGUAAUCUAAUGUAUCUGUACGAUGCAAAGUGUCUAUGUAUCAGUAUAAACAUUUCUCUCAAAUAACAUUAAUUAUUUCUUUAAAACCCUUUUAAAACGUAUCACGUUAUCAUUUAGAUAUUUUUGUGGUAAAAAUAUGAGGUAAACCCUUGUGGAUCACUAUUCAUACGCCUAGCAUCAGUUUAUUUUCUUAUGAAAAUGGUGGUUGUAAUAAAAAUUGGUAACAAAUAAUUAUUUACCAU